UGACGCCGACCUUCGACCAUUACCGUGCUAACAUCCAAACUUUUCUAUCUGGGCGUAUCGAGAUGGGUGAAUCGCGGACGGAAUUGUUGGCAUGGCUGAAUGACCUUCUUCAAUUGAAUUACACAAAAAUCGAGCAAUGUGGAACCGGAGCAGCGUACUGCCAAAUCAUGGACUCUAUCUUCGGCGAUGUGCCGAUGACUCGAGUCAAGAUGAACGCAAAACACGAAUACGAGUUCAUCGCGAACUUCAAGAUCCUCCAGAAUGUCUUUAGAACGCACAAGGUCGACAAGCCAAUUUUGGUCGAGAAACUCGUCAAAUGCAAGAUGCAAGACAACCUAGAGUUCCUACAGUGGAUCAAGCGAUUCUGGGACACGAACUAUGGUGGACAAGGCUACGAUGCAGUCGCGCGAAGACGAGGUGCACCGACAGACACCCCCGCCACCAUCGCUCCCCUUGCCCCGUCAUCGUCACGUGGCAGCGCAGGCAGCUUGCAUGCCGGUGCUGCUAGAGUUGCAGGAGGGAGGACGCCAGUCGGCCCCCGGGCUGGCUCAAGAGCGGGAUCAACUCAGCCGAACGAACUGGUCCAGAAUCUUCAAGGUCAACUGCGGGAGAUGUCUGCGCACCUGGAGGGGCUGGAGAAGGAACGGGACUUUUAUUUCGCGAAGUUGCGCGACAUCGAGAUCCUGGUUCAGCAGCAGCUGGAGACGCUUGAGCAAGAAGGCAAGGAUGACCCUCUUCUCCGCGAUAUUCAGAAGAUCCUAUAUUCGACGGAGGAGGGCUUUGAAGUGCCUGAGCCAGGCACUGUCGACGAAGAGGAGACGUUCUGACGUGGCUGUGGUCAGACAAUGGGAAGAUAUAUCCGGUCUCUGUGUUCGCAUCGCGGAUUGGUCUCUCAAGGUCCACAUGAGAUUCAACUCAUCACGUUUAUUCAUACUUUUGCAUUUAAUGGAAUAUAUUGAGACCAA